GACGCUAAUAAGAACCAGACUUUGGUGGCAUCCUAAAGGUCAACGGAAUGUAAAAAGAGGUCAAAUAAAGAUGAAAGGGAAAUUUAUAUCGUGGGGCAUUAAAUUCCUAAAACUUGACGUGUCAUAAGCUGCUCGCCCAAAUUGUAACCACGAGGGAACGCAUUAAGCAUUUUGCUUUGCUCCCCCGCGUCGGUCAACCAUAAUAAAACACACACCAACACACACAUACUACGCCUCUUCCACCGCCACCAUGAUCAUCCUAUCGCCGGCACCUUCACCUUCACCUUCACCUUCACCUUCACCUUCUUCAGCUCCAUCCCUUUCAUGGUUUCCGAAUUCACCCUCAAAACCUCCGGUUCGCUUCAGCCCGCCCUUAAUAGCUAUGGUUGUCAUCAUCGCCACCGCUUUUAUCACAAUCACAUACUCCCGAGCCAUUUCCCGUCGGUUCCUUCGUCUACGUCGCAGCUGGCGACAGUGGCGGAGGCGGCGACGCCUCCUCCGUUCGUAUGUGCCUUCCUCUGUUGGUAACGGUGACAUCGAGUCCCCUGCCUACUCCGGUGAAGACUCGUAUGAUCCAACUUAUGGUUAUCAGCUGUUUUCGCCCUACGGUUUGGACGACGCCGUCAUCAAAACGAUUCCACUUUCUAUUCACACUAGAAAAAGCAGUGUUCAUGAAUGCGCUGUUUGCCUAUUGGAAUUCGAAGAUAACGAUUACGUUCGUACUUUACCGGUGUGUUUCCAUGCCUUUCACGUUGACUGUAUCGAUAUAUGGCUUAGGUGUCACGCUAACUGCCCGCUUUGCCGAGCGAGUGUAUUCCGGCCAGAAUCCCCGUUUGUUCCUGUGAUGUCGGCGAGAAUCCGUCCCAAUUUCGAAGACGUGAUGAUUGAGAGCGCGAUCAUAGAGCCGUCGCCGGAACCGGAGCGUGAGGUACAAGUCGACAGUACGACUACUUCAACAGGCGAGAUUACGCAAGAGAGAUCCCCGACGAGGAAUUCAUCCGAGGAGCGGUUUCAUCGGAGAGACUUCCUUCUGAAACGAUCCUACUCGUUCGGAUUCGAGCGUAAUAUAGGAUCAGAGAGGUUAGUGAUAGAACCAGCAACGGCAUCUCCAUGGAGAUAUCGGCGCGGAGGAGGAGGAGGAGGAGGAAGCUUUUGGAGCAAGAGACCAUCGCCUUUCAGUUCUCUAACAAAAACACGAGUUUUCUCAUUCCGAUACUACAGAGGCAUGAAAUCACCAUUCUUCCGGCGACGAGGCGGAAGCUUCCUCCCGUUAUCGGAGGACGGCGGCGGCGGAAGCUCUUCACGUCGGAGAAAAUCGUUCGCCAGCCCAAUUUUCAUGAGACAGUCAGGGUCCGGGGUAAACUCUGGAAUGUUUUCAUCGAGCCGGUUGAGGAGCGGCGAUCCAGAGGCGCUGCUGUCACCGGAGCGGUAUAACAGACGGUGAAGAUGAGAUACACGUAGGACAGAGGCCACAUGAGUGAAGACAGAAGGUACGGUGAGGAUGAAUGAAAGAUGUAAUUAAAUGGAGAGAGAGUAGAGAAUUAAAUGAAAGGGGCGCCAAUUGGUAGGUAUUGGUGUUCCGUGCCUGAACAACCCGAUCAUUUAAUGGCAUAGUGGGGGACUGGUCUCAGCAUUUAUUACCGGCUUGACAAACCAACCCUCCUGUCCAUCUUCAUUAUUUAUC